UUGAUCGAAGAUGUCUCACAUGCCCCCUUUCCGGCUGAACGUGCCAAACUUGGGCCCCGACAUGCCGGCAGCCCCGACCACCAAGAAGAGGAGGAAAAAUACUCAAGCGCCCAUCCAACCUCCCCCUAACGUUCAGGACUUGCUGCCGCCCCCUCUUUCCGGCUACGGGGACACCAUCGUGGCAUCUAAUCCGUUCGACGACUGCCCCAGUAAUGUCAACAGCGUUAACACUAUGGCGAGGAACCCCGGCGGGCCCCCGAUGGGAAUGGGAGGUCCCGGCCCCAACAUGGUGAUGGCGGGCAACAUGAUGUACCGGCCGAUGUGCCCCAACCCGCCCAUGGGCAUGGGCUCCCCCAUGAUGCACAGCCCCAACGCUCAUCAGAUGAACAAUCCCAUGAUGAUGAACGGGCCCAGGAUGAGCCACAUGGGCCCCGGGCCUGGUCCGGGUCACGGCCCGCCCCACAUGAUGCCCAGCCCCAACGGUCCCGGCCCCGGCGGGCCUAUGGGGCCCAACAUGAACAUGACCGGUCCGCCAAUGCACAGCCCGAUCGCCACAAUGGGUCCCCUGACGGGGCCCGGACCGGGCAGUGGCGGCCCCAUGGGCAGCCCGAUGGGACACUCCGGACCCAUGAAUGGCGGCGCCAUGAAUAGUCCCAUGAACGGGCCCCCGAUGGGUGGCCCGCACCCCGGACACGGACCACACGGGCCGCACCCUCCCCACGGGCCUCACGGCGGCCCCGGAGGACCCGGAAACAUGCCCAUGUCUACGCCUAACGGUCCCAUAGGUCCCCCGAUGAACAACAACUUCAUCAUGUCCCCCAUGAACAACAUGUACUCCAAGCCGAUGCCGGUAUCGGCCGGUAAAGUGUACCCCGUGGAUCAGCCGAUGGUGUUCAACUCGCAGAACCCCAACGCGCCCCCCAUCUACCCCUGCGGGGUGUGCCACAAGGAAGUGCACGACAACGACCAGGCCAUCCUCUGCGAGAGCGGCUGCAACUUCUGGUUUCACAGAGGUUGCACCGGCUUGACGGAGGCGGCCUUCCAGCUGCUGACGGCGGAGGUGUACGCCGAGUGGGUCUGCGACAAGUGCCUCCAGUCCAAGAACAUACCGCUGGUGAAGUUCAAACCUUAGUAUCCCCUAUUCGUGCGGAGCGUAUGAGAAAUCAACGAAUCGGUUAUUUCCGACGAGUUGUGACGGGCUCCGUUCCGUUUCGGACGCGGCGUGGCUCCUCGGAGGUAACCGGUUCACGUCGGAGGAAAUGGGGCGAGGGUUUUAAGGUUUUCACGUAGGCGGUACUUUAAGGUUCUAAGAAAUACAUUUUUCGUGGGUCGUAAGGCGAAUUGCGAUUUGAUUUGAUCGGAUCCGGUGUCGCCUCUCGUUUUAUUCGUACGAGGCGUUUUAAAUCGUUAAUAACUAUCAAGUUUUGCGAUGACUAAGCGAAUUUCAAGGUUUUCCCAUAAAGGGGUGCGGGAAUCGUGAGCAAACAAAAUUUAGUGAGUGAUUCUAGUCGUAAAAGUAAUGGUACAAAACUUCACAAAUUUUUUUUCCUAUUAACGUACUUACAUAACCUCAAAGCGGCCAUUUUGUCAUUAUUGCGCCGUUCACAUCAUGGACCAUGACCCGUGUUCCGUUUAGUGCAUGUUUAGUGUCUGUUAAGCGUUCGUACGGGUCGCUACACCUAAAGAAAUUUAAAAAUUGUUUGAAGCAUGAAAUAUAGCGUUUAUAAAACUAUUUUGGUCGGCUGGUGUUUAUGUCGGUGUAAAAGACAUGGAGAGUUAAACGCAUAAAAGAAAUUGACUCUUACAGCUGCCGUACCGGGUAUUUUUAUUACAUAACCUAAUUUUUAUGUUCAGUGUGUGGCGGAUAUUGAAUAAUUUCGAUUAUAUUGGCAAUAAUAGUGUAGAGACAGGCAAAAUAAUAAAAUAAUCAAAAUCAGUUUGUCUCCAAAUUGUACCGAUCCCCAAAAAAGUCGCUCAAGUGAAAAAGGUUAUAACAAAACAAUUAAAAAAAAUUACUUUGAGGUUAUGAGGUUACGUAUCUCUUGAAAAAGUGCCGUAAGAUCCUGUACCGUCACCUCCUAAAUUUUCUCAUCGUUUCUAGGCACCCCUCUGUCCCAAAAUGAAAGCUUAACAUUCAGCUCUCGAUUUGUUUGAUAAACAGAUAAAUAUUUUAGUGUAAACAAGGCUUCAAUGUCGCCUUUCCGGAGAGAAGUCGGGAAAAGAAACAUCUGUUUUCCUUCUGCUGAUCGCAAAAAAGGUUCUGCCACUUAUAAAAUUGGUGGUGUAAAGAUAGCACCAUCUAUGAUUCGUCCGGAGAGUCUUGUAAAUAAUUUUAAUUAUGAACAAUGCAGUCGUCGAACUCUUACGCACGAGGAUUACUGAAAAAGUUAUAAAUAUAACCCCUAAACAUUAAUAAAGGUUUUGCUGAUAUAAUACUAUUUAAUUGUAGGUCGUAUUGAACGUAGCUUUAUUAUGUAAGAUUUGUACAUAAAAUUACUUAGCUUAAUGUUAAAGUAAAUACAAUCACUCUGACAUGUAUAUCACGAUGCAUUCGUAGCGUAAUUUCCUGCGGUAAGUUUACAAAUAUAACCAUACUAGGUUAGGCGAUUGUACAUAAAUAGGUAAUUAUUAUAAUAAUUGUACCACACUUGUGUUAACAUGCAAUAUAUAUGAAAUUGUA